CACGGGUCGGCAGACACUUGUGGCUCUGUCACUCUAGCUCUCCGCGGAGUCGCAGCUGCUCUUGGAGGCCCAACCCGUUGCCCAGGCAACAGGCUCCCGGCAGCCCCUGCGGCCCGGAGUGCAUCUUGCCUCCUCCGGGCUGGCGGGGUUGACGAGUCCUGAGGGGCUGCUGCGGGAGCCUGCAGGUUUCCCUAGAUGAUGAAUAAGCAUUCCUUCUGCCUGAAGAACAUCUGUGGAAACCUUGACCAUGGCAUCGAUAUCAGAACCUGUUACAUUCCGAGAAUUCUGCCCUUUGUACUAUCUCCUCAAUGCCAUUCCCACAAAGAUCCAGAGGGGCUUUCGCUCUAUUCUGGUCUACCUCACAGCCCUGGAUGCCAACGGGGACUACAUUGCGGUGGGCAGCAGCAUCGGCAUGCUCUACUUGUACUGUCGGCACCUCAACCAGAUGAAGAAGUACAACUUUGAAGGAAAGACAGAGUCUAUCACUGUGGUGAAGCUGCUGAGCUGCUUUGAUGACCUUGUGGCAGCAGGCACCGCCUCUGGGAGGGUUGCCGUUUUCCAGCUUGUGUCUUCCUUGCCGGGGAGGAACAAGCAGCUUCGGAGAUUUGAUGUCACUGGUGUUCACAAAACCAGCAUUACAGCUCUGGCUUGGAGCCCCAAUGGGAUGAAGCUGUUCUCCGGAGAUGACAAGGGGAAGAUCGUCUACUCCUCUCUCGAUCUAGACCAGGGUAUCUGCAACUCACACCUUGUGUUGGAGGAGCCGUCUUCCAUUGUGCAGCUGGAUUACAGCCAGAAAGUGCUGCUCGUGUCCACCUUGCAGAGGAGCCUGCUCUUUUACACCGAGGAAAAGGCUGUCAAGCAGAUUGGAUCCCAGCCAAGGAAGAGUACUGGGAAAUUUGGUGCUUGUUUUAUACCAGGACUGUGUAAGCAAAGUGACCUAACCCUGUAUGCAGCCCGGCCUGGGCUCCGGCUAUGGAAGGCUGAUGUCCAUGGGACCGUUCAAGCCACGUUUAUCCUCAAGGAUGUCUUUGCUGGAGGAGUCACACCUUUUGAGCUCUACCCUCGCCUGGAGCCCUCUGAUGGGGGAAGUUGCAGCUCUCCUGAGAAACACCUGGGGCUCGUUUCAUGCUUCUUCCGGGAAGGCUGGGUGUUGAGCUGGAAUGAGUACAGUAUCUAUCUUCUGGACACCGUCAACCAGGCCACCGUUGCUGGUUUGGAAGGACUGGGUGAUAUUGUGUCUGUUUCCUGCACAGAAAAUGAAAUAUUUUUCCUAAAGGGAGAUAGGAACAUUAUAAGGAUUUCAAGCAGGCCUGAAGGACUGGCAUCCAUAGCAAGAGAUGGUCUGGAGACGCGAUGUUCAGAGCAGGUCCGUGGGCAGCAUUUGGAAAAGUCACUCGGGGACACUGUUUGUGAGACAAGGCUUCGAGGCUUUUCUGUGGCCAGUUCUGUGGCCAGUGAGCAGCGGAGCAGGAGCAGUUCAUUCAACUCCACAGACAGUGGCUCUGGGCUGCUGUUGCCCGGACUUCAGGCACCCCCUGAACUGGACCAGGGUGGCCAGCCAUCCUCACAGAGAUUCAGUGUUAUCAGCUCUGAAGACUUUGACCAGGAGCUUAUUGUGAAACCUAUCAAAGUGAAGAAGAGGAGGAGGAAGAGAAAGACAGAAGGUGGAACCAAGAGCACUUGCCAAAGUUCCCUCGAGUCAACUCCCUGCUCCGAGUUCCCUGGUGACAGCCCCCAGUCCUUGAACACAGACCUCUUGUCCAUGACCUCAAGUGCUCUGGGCAGUAGUGUGGAUCAGUUGAGCACAGGAUCUCCAGACCGGGAGAGCAACCCCAGUGCUGAGGUGAAUGGGAUCAUUCAGGAAGACAAUGGCCCUGAAGCAUUCAGUGUUCUGGAGGUUCCUGAAUCUGCCUCUGACCCAGUAGAUGAAGAAAACGGUACUGGAAAGGAAAUCUACCAGUGUGACCACACACAGGACAUGGGCCUGCUCAAUGGAGUGUUGACUUUACCCUUUCAGCCAGGGGAGGAUGGGGGAGGUGAUGACAUCGUCUCAGGACCUGAAGAGGAGGCUGGUGCUGCUGAUGGUGUACAUACACAGGUGUGCCUGCAGAAACAGGACAGCUCUGCUGAGGCGCAAGGGGUGAGCACCGUGGAGCUCAGUGACCCCCAGAGCACUUUUUCUGAAGCUCUUCUUCUGGACUCACCUACAGCACCUUCCAGCCCCAGCUGGCCCCCAGGCGCUGAGCAGUGGCUGCCUGGCCUUGGAGUUUAUGAAGUUAGCAAUGAGGAGGCCAGCCCAGAGCCAGACAUCCUGGCCCAUGUGGAGGUCCCUAGCCACCCAAGCUCAAAUCCCUGGCAUGUAGUCACCAAUAAUGAUACAAAUCACAAAGUAAUACCUACUUCUGAAUGUGACAUAGGAAAUGUGGAAGGACAGGUGACUCCUCUUGUCUCUGCCUUGGUGGCCAGCACCCAUGAGCAUUGGCUGGACAAAUCUUUCCAGGACCAGGCAGUGACAUCCAGUGAUGAGGAAGACAUUUAUGCCCAUGGACUCCCAUCUUCAUCCUCAGAGACGAGUGUGGCAGACCUUGGAGCUGGUCGCUCUCUGCAGGACCUGAGCCAACCAGGGACUGAUGACACCACACUGCUCAAGACAGAUCAGUUUGCAGAAAGCUGGAUGGGCUACUCGGGUCCUGGCUAUGGCAUCCUCAGCUUGGUGGUCUCGGAAAAGUUUAUCUGGUGUCUAGACUACAAGGGUGGCCUAUUCUGCAGUGCCCUUCCUGGCGCAGGGCUGCGCUGGCAGAAGUUUGAAGAUGCUGUCCAGCAGGUGGCAGUCUCUCCCUCAGGGGCCCUUCUCUGGAAGAUUGAACAGAAAUCCAACCGUGCUUUUGCUUGUGGCAAAGUGACCAUCAAGGGAAAGCGGCACUGGUACGAGGCUCUGCCCCAGGCUGUGUUUGUGGCCCUGAGUGACGACACAGCCUGGAUCAUCAGGACCAAUGGAGACCUGUACCUUCAGACAGGUCUCAGUGUGGAUCGGCCAUGUGCCCGAGCUGUGAGGGUUGACUGCCCCUACCCGCUGUCCCAGAUCACUGCCCGGAACAAUGUGGUGUGGGCACUGACGGAGCAGAGGGCCCUCCUGUACCGGGAGGGCGUGAGUAGCUUCUGUCCUGAAGGGGAACAGUGGAAGUGUGAUAUUGUCAGUGAAAGGCAAACUCUGGAGCCUGUCUGCAUAACUCUCGGGGAUCAGCAUACUCUCUGGGCAUUGGACAUUCAUGGAAAGCUGUGGUUCAGAACUGGCGUGAUUCCCAAGAAGCCUCAAGGGGAUGAUGACCAUUGGUGGCAGGUGAGCAUCACGGACUAUGUGGUAUUUGACCAGUGCAGCUUGUUCCAGACCAUCAUGCAUGCCACACACUCAGUAGCGACAGCAGCUCAAGCCCCUGUGGAAAAGGUAGCAGAUAAGUUGCGCAUGGCAUUUUGGUCUCAGCAGCUUCAGUGCCAGCCCAGCCUACUAGGGGUUAACAACAGUGGUGUCUGGAUCUCCUCAGGCAAGAAUGAAUUCCAUGUUGCUAAAGGAAGUCUCAUUGGAACUUACUGGAAUAACGUUGUUCCCCGGGGAACAGCUUCGGCCACAAAAUGGGCCUUUGUGUUGGCUUCUCCUGCUCCUACCCAGGAUGGAAGCUCCUUGUGGCUGUGCCAGAGCAGCAAGGACCUGUGUAGCAUCAGUGCCCAGAGUGUGCAGUGCCGCCCCUCCACAGUGCAGUUGCCUCCCGACGCCGAGAUGAGGACCUAUGCUGCAUGCCAGGAUGCUCUGUGGGCCUUGGACAACCUUGGGCAGGUGUUCAUCAGGACGCUUUCUAAGAGCUGCCCCACAGGCAUGCACUGGACGAAACUGGACCUUACCCAGCUAGGAACUGUAAGACUGACCAGUUUGGCAUGUGGAAAUCAGCACAUCUGGGCCUGUGACUCCAAGGGUGGAGUUUACUUCCGUGUUGGAACCCAGCCUCUGAAUCCCAGUCUGAUGCUUCCGGCCUGGAUCAUGAUUGAGCCACCUGUCCAGCCUGCUGGGGUCACCUUGGUCAGCGUCCAUUGUAGCCCCAAUGACCAGAUGCUGUGGGCCCUGGAUAGCAGAUGGAAUGUGCACGUGCGAACUGGAAUCACUGAGGAGAUGCCCGUGGGGACAGACUGGGAGCAUGUGCCAGGGUUACAGGCCUGCCAGCUGGCAUUGAGCACCAGGACCGUGUGGGCCCGCUGUCCAAAUGGUGACCUCGCCCGCCGCUAUGGCAUCACAGACAAAAAUCCUGCAGGGGACUACUGGAAGAAAAUUCCUGGAAGUGUCUCAUGUUUCACAGUGACCUCAUCAGAUGAGCUGUGGGCAGUGGGCUCCCCUGGCUAUCUUCUCCAGCGACUGACAAAGACGUUCAGCCAUUCGCACAGUACCCAGAAGAACAGCCAGGCAGUCACCUCCCACCCUGAGGACCUGGAGGACGAGUGGGAGGUCAUCUGAAGGAGCCCCAGGCAGCCAGUGGCUCGCUGAUGGGCGUGCCUCCUCCACCAGGCUGGACACACCACACGGACGUUCGUCUGUCUUGUUUCCGUCCCAUCCAGAACUCACAGCCUCAGCCGCGCACCGGGAGCUGUCGCUGGAGCAGCGGCGCCUUGACAUCUUGCCAAGGUCACCUCCAAGUGGGCGCAGUGGCUGCUGCUGCUCCGUUGCAUGCACUAGUUACUUGUGCACCACAGUAAAUUCUCUUCAGCAACUCCAGAUGCUGGUGUGGGGGCCAACAGGGACACCGCCACAGGCAGAUGAGUCAAAGCCAGGAAGAGUCGGGCACAUGUCCAUACCAGAACCCCAGCCAAACAGGCCUGCACACAGAGCUACAGUCAUUGGAUGUGUCUGGUGACAGUGUUGACUUCCUCACAGCUUCCCUCACAUCUCUCCGAGAGAUACAGGUGGGAAGUACCCGUCCGGGAUAGGGGUACUGGACUGUGCAGGGUAAGGGUAUACACGCACACACCCUCGCCACAUCAUGUUGCCCAUCAGGGUAGCUGCCCACCUCCUGCCCACAUGGUCCAUUUAGUCCAGCGCAGGGUGCUGGUCAGACCUGGGGCUGAACUGAUCUGGAGACAUCUUGGGGAAGACUUUUGACUAGUGGGCUAGGGGGCACCCUAAACCAGGCACCUCCAGAUGAUGUAGUAAUCACCUCUCAUUGUCAUGUCACAGACCUGAAUAAGAUACCUCAUUUGAGAUGCAACCUCCAAACAGAAGGUGGAUCUAUCUUCUGGAAACAGUGAAGGUCUUUUGUUCCUUCAGGAGGUUUAUCCUAAGUCCACCUUGUCUUGGCUAUAGCUUUGCAGGCGUGGCCAUCCCCUAUCAUGUCCUUAACCCAAGAGUAGCCAGUGUCUUCAGUGGGCAUAGCAUUGACUUCCCCAGCAGGUGGAAACAGUGCCUCCUGCUCACAGGUGCCAUGUUCCAAUCACAGCUGGGACAGCGGCAUUCUUUCCUCAGGCAUCUGAGCUUCAGGGCAGGCUGUCCACUGUGUGUCCUUCCCUGAGCCUGCUGCCCCCACCCAGGAGGUCCCUGUCACUACUCCACGCUGGCUGCCUUUUUUUUUUAGUUCACGUGGUCCAGGCAGUUACUUGAUGUCUGUUUUCCACUAAGCAUGUGUCAGGACCCCAGUACCAGGUCAAGGCCCCAGCAGUCAUGAAGCAGAGGCUCCCAGGUCUGAGCAAUGAGGAGCUGCUGAGAGCCUUGGCUGCAUUAGUUAUAAACUUUGUUGACAGCGGAGGGCCUUGCCUGGCCCCUCACAAUGGCAGCACCCCACUAAGCCCACGGGACAGUAGUGCAAUUAAACCCAAGUUAAACAGACACUUUUAAACUACUUUGAGCUUCUGUGCUUUAUAUGAUUUUCUUUUUGGUUUUGUUUUGUUGUGUUGUUCUUUGAGAUCAUGCAGAAUCUUAGCCUUUUCUCAAAUGUUGAGUAUAGUGACUGAGCGGGGUGGCCCGCAGAAGCCCAGCCCAGCCACUCUGCAGCAGAGCACCUCUGCCUGGUCUCAGAACCUGGAUGGUGUUGAGCCAGCUUCCCCGGGUGGUAUAGUGGGCAGUGACUAUUCCACAGAUGGACACACCCACUGGCAGCCCUAGAGAGAAUGCCCCCAAAGAAGGCAGAAUGAAGGGCUGUCCUCGGACGUCAGCCUUUUGUUGUUUUGAGACAGUUUUAUGAGUCCCAGGCUGGCCUCCACCAUGAAGCUAGCCACAGAUGGCUUUUUCUAAUCCUUCUGCCUCCACCUUUCAAGUUCUAGGAUUACAGGUGUGCACCACCAUGUCCUGCUAAGAUGUCAGACUCCAUGCAAUGAAGUCUUUGAGUAUAGCUCACUUUCAGAAUCCCCACUGAUCUCUUAGACAGGGGAAUUCUUAAAAUCAUGGUAGUGUCCACAUAUACCCCGAUUUCCUGCUCAGGUCUCCUAGCUUGUCCCCUCCCAGGAAGGAGAGCAUGGUUGCCAGCGAGCCUUAGAGAGGCUAGGUACCUUAUUCACAAUCCCACAGUGAACAUGGGCCAGGACCUAGCUUGGUGAAUCUGCUGACCUGUGCUGGUGCCAGCAUGCCAGGUACAGCCCAGACAUGGUUGGGCCUACACCACAAGCAGCCAGGCCGCACCCUGCAGUCAGUAUCUGUCUCUAUGGGCACUGCAGGUGGAAGGAGACAACUGCACAGCUGCCAUGCCUACUGUUUGCAUUUAGCAUGGAAAACCUGCCUUUGCCUUCCGGAGGGCAAGUGCUUUGUACACCCAAAUGCUGGGACAACCACACAAAAUCCAUAUGGAGAUUUUUACACAUUAAAGUGUAGAACCUGUAAGUCAGCAAUCCGUGUGGGGCUGGAGAUGUGGCUUAGUAGUGAUGAACUGAGCAUGCACACUACAGCACAGACCAGAAACCCUGCAGGGACCCAGAGCGCGCCUGCAUUCCAGCACUCAGGCAGUUGUCGAGACCGCCACAGCUUCCGGACCAUCCUGGACCACACAGCAAGAGCCUGACUCGAAAACACUAAACUUAAAAGUUAACAAACUUAGAAAGGGACAUGAUCGCCACAAGUGUGGUCCCCAUGUUGAAUGUUCACUGUAGGAACUUGUCUAAACCCAUAGGCACAAACGUUUCUGGGAAAGCCUCUGAAGGGUCUUCCAUCCAAAAGCCUCACUUCGGCCUCCUCUGAGAAGCUAUCGAGAACCGUCAGUUGGGAUGUGUGUGUAUAGCCCUGGCCGAGCACGCUGCUGCGCCUAGGUCCAGUUCUCAGAACGUCAACGAAGAAUAAAACAAAAGGUGACACUGUAAGGCCACAGGAUGUGUGCCUGCAGGGCAUACUGUGGGGCCCACAGGGGUCUCAUGGUGAAACUCUUCUGACCUGUCAGGACAGCGUGGUUUACAGAGAGAGAGAAGAGGACACUGUGGUGGGGGUGCUUCUUGUGCCUCGCCCUUCAGGAGGGGCAGAGACAAGUUCUCACUUGGGACAAGCAGCUGGCCAGUGAUUGCUUCCAAGUCUGUGUCUUUUUUAUCCUUUGAAUGUUGAGACAUUUAAAUGUAUUAUUUAUUUCAAAACUAAAUAAAAUUUAAUUUUAGAAACUCAAUUCUCUUAAUUUUUCAGUAUUAACAGUACUUGAGUCAAAUACCACAAAAUCAACACUACACAAAUUUUUAAAAUCUUCUUCAUAAAAUACUGGGAAAUGCUGAGCCGGGCGAUGGUGGCGCACGCCUUUA